AUGGGAACACCGUUCGUGUCCCUCCUAGAGCCGACCCGGCUCGACGCCUACAUCCGCGGCGCGCCGCACGACGAGCAGCCGGCGACGAUACCAAAGGAGAUUUGCGACGCCAUGGAGGUGCGCGAGGCCGUCUUCGUCGCGGAGCAAGGCGUCCCCGCCGAGAACGAGUUCGACGCCGACGACAGCCGUGCUUGCCACUGGGUCUCGUACGCGUCAGUCAACAAAGUCGUCGAGCAGGAGGUCCUCGACGAGGCCGGCAACGUCGUCCGGCCCCGCCGCAGCAGCACCCGCAGCACGCCCAUCGGCACCAUCCGCCUCGUUCCCUUUCCCCACGCCCCGCACCCCAAGGACGGGGGCGUCUACUGGGACGGGGUGUUGAAGGAGGAUCCUGCGGCGGCGGCGGCGGCGGCGGAUCUUGCGCUGAACGGGGGUGACAAGGAGUCUUCAGAGUCGACGAGCAGCCCCGUGGAGGAAAAGAUCGAGAGCGCGGCGGAGCACGUGGGCGAGGAGAGGCGCAUGUCGGCAACCAAAGUCUUUGCGCCGGACCGCGCGACGGCGCUGCACGACGGGCGGGAGCCGUACGUCAAGCUGGGCCGGCUGGCCGUGGUCAAGGAGUUUAGGGGACACCGGAUCGCGAGGCUGCUGGUCACAACGGCGCUGGCGUGGCUGCGGGCGCACCCGAGCUACUUUGACCCGAGUAUCAAGGAGAUGGGACUCGAGGCGAUCGGGGCGACGAGCGCCGAGGAGGUGCCCAAGUGGAGGGGCCUCGUCUGCGUGCACUCGCAGGCGGCUGUGGUGGGCGCGUGGGAGAAGUUUGGGUUCCGGGUCGACGAGGAGAUGGGGACUUGGUGGGAGGAGGGGAUCGAGCACAAGGGUAUGUUUAUGCGGUUGGAUGUCGGGGAGGAGACGGCCAUUCUUUGA